CACACACGUUGUCUGGUCAUUGUCUGAAUGGCAAUUGGGGAACCCUUUAGAUAAGCCAUAGCAUCAUCCACUGUAUAUUUCUUCUAUUUUCUCCGGAUUUUGUCACUCAAUAAAAGAAAAAAGGAAAGAAGAAAAAGAGAGAGAUUGAAAAAGUAUAAAAAGUUUUAAUAACACUCUUUUGAGCUCCAAGAAACGAUGUUUUCCCCCUUUUUCUGGGAUUGGCAUCUCAGUUUAGAACUGAGAGAUUCUUGAAGGCAGCCUUGUGUUUUUAGAAACUUGUAGGGACCCAGUUGGGAUUUUGGAGGGAUAUUUGAUAGGUAUAGUGGAAGAACUAUGGAUACUUUGUUGAAAACACAUAACAAGAUUGAAUUUUUGCCUCAAUUUCAUGGGUUUUCGGAGAAAGUGAGUAAUUCAAGCUCCGUAAAGAUUCAAAUCCAGGAACUUAGGUAUGGUCCCAAAAAGUUUUUUUCAAAAGGGGGGAGGAAUGGUUGUGUUGAGGCUAGUAGUAGUGCACUUUUGGAGCUUGUACCAGAAACCAAGAAGGAAAAUCUUGAGUUUGAUCUUCCGAUGUAUGACCCAUCGAAAGGCCUUGUAGUUGACCUUGCAGUUGUGGGGGGAGGUCCUGCAGGGCUUGCUGUUGCGCAGCAAGUUUCGGAGGCAGGGCUCUCGGUUUGUUCGAUUGAUCCAUCUCCUCAGUUGAUUUGGCCUAAUAAUUAUGGUGUUUGGGUUGAUGAAUUUGAUGCCAUGGAUUUGCUUGACUGCCUUGAUACCACUUGGUCUGGUGCUGUUGUCUAUGUUAAUGACAAGACAAAAAAAGAUCUUGAUAGGCCUUAUGGGAGGGUUAAUAGGAAGCAGCUCAAGUCCAAAAUGUUACAGAAAUGCAUAUCCAAUGGUGUUAAGUUUCACCAAGCUAAAGUUAUCAAGGUUAUUCAUGAGGAGUCCAAGUCUCUAUUGAUUUGCAAUGAUGGUGUCACAAUCCAAGCUGUCGUGGUUCUUGAUGCAACUGGUUUUUCUAGAUGCCUUGUUCAAUAUGACAAGCCAUAUAAUCCAGGUUACCAAGUGGCGUAUGGAAUUUUGGCAGAGGUAGAAGAGCACCCGUUUGAUGUUGAUAAGAUGGUUUUUAUGGAUUGGAGAGAUUCACAUCUGAACAACAAUCUGGAACUAAAAGAGAGAAACAGCAAGACCCCUACUUUCCUCUACGCAAUGCCCUUUUCAUCGGACAGGAUAUUUCUGGAAGAAACUUCCCUCGUAGCUAGGCCUGGAGUACCCAUGAAAGAUAUACAGGAAAGGAUGGUGGCCAGAUUAAGGCACUUAGGUAUAAAAGUUAAAAGCAUAGAGGAAGAUGAGCGUUGUGUCAUUCCAAUGGGUGGACCCCUUCCUGUGCUCCCUCAAAGAGUAGUUGGAAUUGGUGGUACAGCCGGUAUGGUGCACCCUUCAACUGGGUAUAUGGUAGCAAGAACUCUAGCAGCUGCUCCGAUUGUUGCUAAUUCUAUCGUGCAGUAUCUUGGUUCUGAUAGAAGCUUUUCAGGAAGUGAGUUAUCAACUAAAGUUUGGAAAGAUUUAUGGCCCAUUGAGAGGAGGAGACAAAGAGAGUUCUUCUGUUUUGGUAUGGAUAUUUUGCUUAAGCUUGAUUUACCUGCCACAAGAAGAUUUUUUGAUGCAUUUUUUGAUCUGGAACCUCACUAUUGGCAUGGAUUCCUGUCAUCUCGACUGUUUCUACCUGAGCUUGUACUUUUUGGGCUUUCACUGUUCUCCCAUGCUUCUAAUACUUCUAGGUUAGAGAUUAUGGCAAAGGGAACUCUUCCUUUGGUUAAUAUGGCCAACAAUUUAAUACAGGACAGAGAAUAGAUGACUUGGAGUCAGUUGUCUUCUAAAUCUGUUGCAUCUACAUACUGAAAUUUCUGUGCUAUUCCCUAUAAUUGUGAAUAGAGCACUAUGAACCACCUGUUAUUUUCUUGUA